GGCGGGACAGAGGGAGAUAGUUAGAGGGAUAUAGAGAGACUGGGAGGGAGCUAGAGAGAGAGUUGAAAGGAACAUAGAAAAAGAGAUGUCACAGAGUUGAGACUGCAGAGUGGCUUUGGGCUGUACUGUCCUGAGAGAGGGAGAGAGAGAGAGCGUGUUAGAAGGCUGUCCUGUGUGUGACUGAAGAGAACAUGACGUGUUUCAGCAUCACCAGUGCUCUACUGUGGAGGGGUCCUCUAGGUCUGGGGACCUCCACACUCACCACACCUAAGAGAAUGGUGGAGCCCAGUCCCCCAGCGCUGCAUCUCCAUGCCAACGGUGAUGUCAGCAUGGUGGGCGUCAGUGUGAAGUUGGAGGAGUCUGGAGGAGAAGGGGGAGGAGCCCACACCAGGGCAGAGCAGCUCUCCUCUCCUGCCUGUGAUUGGUCAGGACAUCAGCCAAUGGAACGACCGGAGUCUAGACAGCUGACUCCUCCCCUCUCCCGCUCACCCUCAGAGGGCUCUCCUGGUAAGGAACAGCUUCUCAGACAGAGUCCUGUUGGGAUGAAGGGGGUUAGCAGGGGGUACAACCACCGACCAGAGGGACACAUGCACCCCACUGUCAGCGAAGUCAUGCCCACCAUAGAGAAGCUUCUGAGUGUGGACUGGAGGGAGAAAUUUCUGGACAAAAGCCCCCUGGGAGGCAACCACCUGAAAGGCAGUCCAGAGUCUCUGGCAGAGAAGGAGCUGCAGUUGUUGUUGAUGAUCAACCAGCUGAGUGGUCUGAGGGAGCAGCUGCUGGGAGCCCACUCUGAGCAGAGGAACAUGGCCGCCUUGCUGCUGGAGAAACAACAGCAGCAGAUGGAGCUGGCCAGACAGCAGCAGGAACAGAUUGCCAAACAGCAGCAGCAGUUGAUCCAGCAGCAGCACAAAAUCAACCUGCUUCAGCAGCAGAUCCAGCAGGUGAACAUGCCCUACGUGAUGAUCCCAGCCUUCCACCCCAACACCCAGCAACUCCCUGUCACCGCCGACACCCAGAUGACCAUGCCUCUGCAGCCAAUCCCCUGCAAGCCAGUGGACUAUCCCAUGCAGCUGCUGCAGAACUCUCACUCCACCCCUGUGAAAAGGCCCAGUGGUACCUUUCGUCAGGAAGCCAGCCAGCCUCUGAACCUGACCUCCAAGCCCAAGGGGAUGGACAUGGGGAAGAGCCCCAGCCCGCAGACCUUUGAGCUGGGCUCGCUGACUCUGCAGGGUGGGUACAGACCCAGGGACAACCAUAGAGACAGCCCUUCACGACCUGCACUUAACCUGGGUUUCCUGGGAGAGGGGGAUGUGGUGACCCAGGCCAUCCACGAUGCCCAGCAGCUGCUGUGGAGUCAUGGGCCGGGCGGAGGAGAGAGGGAGCGAGAGAGAGACAGCACUGCCAGGAUGGAGCAUAAGGAGUCUGGUCGCAGCGACAGGCUGCCACACCAAGACCGGGGAGAGAACAGACAAACCCGCCAAACCAACGAUGACCACCACAGCAGUGACUCUGAGGGCCCCCUGUCUGCUCCUGGUGUGGGGUUGUUUACAGAGGUUCGCAGCCCCCCCUCCUCCGUCCACAUCAAGAGGCCCAUGAACGCCUUCAUGGUCUGGGCCAAAGACGAGAGGCGACGUAUUCUACAGGCCUUCCCUGACAUGCACAACUCCUCCAUCAGCAAGAUACUGGGAACUAGAUGGAAGUCUAUGUCCAACCAGGAGAAGCAGCCCUACUAUGAGGAGCAGGCCAGGCUGAGCCGACAGCACCUGGAGCGUUACCCCGACUACAAAUACAAGCCCCGCCCCAAACGCACCUGCAUCGUGGAGGGGCGGAGACUCAGGGUGGGCGAGUACAAAGCCAUGAUGAAGAGCCGGAGACAGGAGCAGAGAGGGGCAUACACACACAGUCAAUCAGAGCCGCAGAAGCUGCACUACGCCCCAGGCGAGGGCCAAUACCCAGGCGGCGGUGGAACGGUCUCCAUGCCGACGGUGCCAUUCCACCCCGCGCUAUUGGAGCACUACCUGCCACGAGGGUUGGAGGCUCCGCCUCCUCGCAGACUUGAGGGGCAGAUCACACCCACUCCCCUCCACAGAGAGAGGGAGAGAGAGAGACCACCGUACAGCGAGGGGGAGGAGAGUGACAGAGGAGAGAGGAGCGAGGGAGAGCUAGUUCUCCUCACUGACUGAGUGGGAGGGAGAGAGGAAGGGGGAGAGAGAGAGAGAGGGACAGAGUUUUUAAAUAGGGAUAAAGGAGUAAGGAAAGCUAGUGCUACUCACUGACAGAGAGAGAAGAAAGGAAAAAAGGAGAGCGGAACAGAGAAAGAGGUGUGUGUGUGUGUGUGUGUGUGUAGAGAACUGAAUAAAAAGGUGUGUGUGAUGAAGGGGAUCUUGGUCCACAUCAAGUGUGUCAGAGUUCAACGGUUAAAUCUUAGCCAUGUGAUAUGACCAUGUCAGCAGAGCCCAUGUUAUGGUUAGUAGGAGACAGUUUGUUACGACGUUAAAGGUGUCUGGCAGCUGAAUCUAAAAGAUCAUGAAUCAUAGAUUGGGCUGUCCAUGUUGCUAGUAAUAAAGGUACAUUCAGAAUGUGGAAUGAGUUGAGAUGCACUGGAUUAGACUUGGGCUUCAUUACUGUCAGCAACAGGCAUUGACGUAGAUGUUUCCCUAAACACACAUCUAUUAUUUCUAGACAAUAUCCUUAAAAAUAUUAGGGCCAGGGUAUGAAACAUCUGAUCUCUCCCUAACUACAUGUAUCAGUAAUUAGGGAGAGAUCUGAUUCUGAAGGAGUGCUGCCCUCUGCUGUUUGGGAUGGGCACAGCACCAUGAAAUAUCCCACAUUAAGAUCGCUAGAAAUUUUUUUAACAUUUCAUUUUUUAAAUUCUCAAUAUUUACACAGAUGACCUAGUCUGUGGUGAUAGGUUGAAUAAUCCCCAUUAUUAGCCAAUGCACUGGUCAUGCAUAUGUAAUGAGAUGCACUCUGUAAGAAUGCAUUUUCACUGAACCCUCAUCUCCUUUCCAAACAGACUCAAAGGCUGCACCAAAGUAGUCCUAAAGUAUAAACUUGUCUCCUUAUAUCCUCUCCUUCAUAUGCACUGACAACAAAACAGGAUAAGUCAAGGCAAUAUGGGGGAUUCCUUGUGCGAGAGUUUCUUUCACUUCAGUGCAGGUGGAGUAAAGGAGACGAGGAAGCCACUUGAGACUCAGGAUGCACCCAGUGUUUCAGUUUUUGCACUUGUGAUAGUAGUUGAUCAGCAGUGACAUCUAGUGUAAUGAGGAGAAAUGUCUAAGGAAUCUCCCUCCAAGCCUUUAUUCUAGAUUGAUCUCAUCCUUCUCUAUUCUCUAGUUGUGUACAAGCUGUAUGUGAUGUGUGCAUAAUGUCUUUCAAUCAAUUUAUUUUGAACGCGGGUUUACAAUGUACUUGUCACAGAACGUUAUACAAAUGUUCUGUAAAAUGUGUGUUUCUUUGAGUGUGCGUGUGGGUAUUGAACUCAAAGGUUGGCCUGAACACUUUCUGUAUCCUGACACCCUGGCCUCUUGUCUUGGCCAGAGCUGUUUCUCUGUCCAUGUACUGCAGUUUACCUUUACACAACAGGGCUCCAUCUCAAUAGUCCUAAUGUCGCUUCGUCUCCUUCAUCUGCGCUGACCUGGUGAAAUGAAAGUUUUCAGAUCAAUGCAGAUGGAGAAAAACAGAAUAGGAAGCCACUUUAGACUGCUGGGAUACAGCCUUCAUCACAAUGUACUGGACAGAAGAGGUCAGAUUUGUGGUGUAAUCGUAUUAACUGAGGCAGGCCUGUGGUUAGUUGCUGUUACACUGUUGUAGAGCCUUGCUUGGGGAGUAGGAUGAAGUGGCCCCUGGUAAAACUGACCAUAGAUCAGUGUCAUCUUUGCCUAUAAUGUUAAGGAUAAGAUAACUGUUACUAAGGACAACUUCAACCCAGAGCCAAGGGGAUGGCACUGUAUAGAGAAACAUGUUUAUCUAAUUAUGACAGAAACCCAGACGAGAACUGUGGCCUGUUGUCACCCCUGCUGUUGUAAAUAUAGAUAGAUUUUAUUUUGUUUAUAAGAGCCUGUGUAAUUUAAAGGUGUACCUCUUCUGUAUGUUUUCUAAGUUGUGGUUUUGUUUUUUGGAAAAUAAUAAAUUGGUUGUUACAUUU